AUGCAUGAUAAAAUGAAAUUAUCAUAUGGCUUAUUAAAAGACUCGGCCAAGUUAACAGAAGAUGCUGAUCGAAUCAAACGUAUUCGACAAUUUCUGGUCAAAUAUGCCACUGCUCUGAAUUUACAAAAGAAUAAAGAAGCAGUAGUUUGUUAUAUGGAUGAAUCGUAUGUUAAUACAGGUCAUCAUAUGCAUUAUGGUUGGUAUGCAGAUGCAAAUCGAAAUAUUCUUACUGGUACUGGUGUUGGUAAAAGACUUAUAAUAGUUCAUGCUAUUACCAAUGAUGGUCUUCUUCAACAUUUCGAUGCUUCAACAAACAAAACCAUUUCUGCCGAAUUGAUAUAUGAAGCGAAAAAUCCCACAGGCGAUUUUCAUUCUAAUAUGGAUGGUUAUAAUUUUCGUCUAUGGGUAGAACAAUAUUUGUUUCCUGCAUUCGAAGCUAAAUAUGGUCAUCAGAAACGAAUGAUUCUAAUAUUGGAUAAUGCUCCAUACCAUAAGGAACAAGGUAAAGGUUAUAUUAAUGUCAAAUCAAUGUCAAAGAUUGAUAUGAUUAAUCUUCUUAUAUCGAAAAACGUUCACAGUAUAGUAAUUCUUCGAAAUGGACAAGCAAAAAAGUUCAAGAAGGACCAAUGGAAUAUGAAUGGUCCAUCAGGUCCUUAUAAAGAAGAACUACGAGUAUUUAUCGAAAGUUGGAUCAGACAGUAUCCUGAUCUUCAAAAAACGUUAUUAGAGAAAUUAUUUGAACAAAAAUCAUUUGCUGCAAAAGCCAGUGUAUCUGACUUUCAUUAUUUCAUAUUAACUCCACCAUAUAAUCCUCAAUUUCAGCCUAUUGAAUUAGUGUGGUCUUAUGUAAAACGUUAUGUUGCGAAACAAUUCACGUCUUCUAGAACUGUUCAACAAUUAAUUGAACAAACAAAGAAAGGAUUCUAUGGUGAUGGAGGUGAUCCUGAAGAUUAUGAAGAAAUUUAUGAAAAAGAACAAGAUGAAGAUGAUGAUGAUGAUAUCAAUGUAGAAGAAGAUGACGACAUUCAAUAA